AUGGAAGAUUCUAGAUCUCGCGAGGGCCACCAUUGUGUAAGUGCUUCUGAUCUCACUUGCUGGGAAAGCCGGAGCAGCUUCCAGAUCUAUCGGGUUUUUUCAUUUGGAAUAUUCCUCUCCAACCUGUGCUUGGUGCUCUCCUUCCCCUUUUUUAUCCUCAUCCACUCUCAUUUCUCCUUUGCUCGUUCUCCUCUUCUUUCUGUUCUACCUUUCUUUUCUGUUCAUCCACCACCUUCUCUUGCCCCUCCAGUUGCUCUUUUCUCUCCAUCCCCCUUUUACUCAUCCUCCCCUUCCCCCAGCCGAAAAAAGAUCCCUCCUUCCAUCUUUUCCCAGUGUCUUGUUGUCAAAUCAUGGAUAGUGCAGUCUGAGAGAGGCCAUUCAGCCCCUUGUGGCCAUGCUGGCUCACAGGAGGCAUUUUUCUCUUUGCUUUCUUUGCCUCACCAGCGCCAUCUUGUGUUUCAGGUGUACGUUUUGAAGAGGCCUUACGUGGACGAGUUUUUGAGGAGAAUGGGCGAGCUCUUUGAGUGUGUGCUAUUCACAGCUAGCCUCUCCAAGUACGCAGAUCCUGUCGCCGACCUCCUGGACAAGUGGGGAGCGUUCAGAGCCCGACUCUUCCGUGAAUCCUGCGUCUUCCACCAAGGCAAUUAUGUCAAAGACCUCAGCCGGCUGGGGCGGGACUUAAACAAUCUCGUCAUCGUUGACAACUCACCGGCCUCCUACGUCUUCCACCCCAACAACGCUGUUCCCAUUGCCUCUUGGUUUGAUGACAUGUCUGACACCGAAUUGCUGGAUCUCAUCCCUUUCUUCGAGAGACUGUCGAAGGAAGAGGACAUUUUCACAUUGCUGCAGGAACACCAAUCGAGGUAGCACUGAGCGAGGCCCUGAAUGGACAAACCUCGAUCUUCCUGCUUCCUCACCAACACGCUCCCCUACCCUCGCUGAUGGGGAGGUGGGGAGCAACUCCGCUCUGGGCGAAGCCAUGACUCCUCUCACCCUGCGUGCCUUUCCUUCAUCGAGAGGGAGAAUAGCAAAUACGUGAGCACUGCUCACCCAAACAGCGCGGGGGGGAAGAGACGCACACAUAGGCACACUGCGCGCACAGGCACACCACACACACAGGCACCACGCGCGCGCACGCACCGCGCACACCACGCACAUGCAUACCACACACACAGGUGCAUGCGCACACACAGGCACACGUGUGCACACAGGCAGACACUCUCAGACACACACGCACGCACGCACACAGGCAGCCACGCACAGGUGCAUGGGCGUGCGCGCACACACACACACACACACCAACUGUUUGCAACCCCCCUCCCCUCUGCACAGCACUUAGAAAUACACAUACAGAAAUCAGGACUGGCUCCUGCCGCACUUGGCCACGUUCUCUUCUACACUGUAUUUCCAUCGAUUGGAACCGGGGGAGUGGGUGCUGUGUCUGAAUGGGUUUCAGUUUGGGGAGUGCGAUAUCAGGCAAUCAUCUCCAUUGGUGUGACCAUUGUUCUCUCCUGUUCUCUCACUCCUUCCUCGAACCUCCUUACUGGGGAUAGAAGGUCAACCGCAAUGCCUUCUACAGCUGAUCAGCCGGCCAUGCCAGUGAGCUGGGGGCUGUGUGGGAUGAUUGAUUACAGAGUGAAAGUUGUUAAAUCAUUAGAAAGAUUUCCCUUGACAUAAAAGAACCUGGAGAGAAGGGCAGGCCAGUUGAGCUAAAGGUAGAUGUGUGAAGUGGUGUUUGAUACAGAGAUGGGAGAUGGUGGGAGGAGACGACAGGCCUGGAGAUUGUGGGGGGAUGGGGAUGGGGAACAGUGGCAAGGUUAAAGGGAUGGAGUGAGUCUGGUGUUUUGGUGUGUCAGGUCUGAGGGGCCGAGUCCUGGGAUUAGCACUGUGACUAAUAUUCAGGCUGCUUUCCGCCGGGAUUAAACUCCGUGAUUCCGUUUUUUAAACAUUUGAACAAUUAAAUGCCCUGGCAGCUGUUUUUUUUAGUAUCCCAGUCUGACAGCCUGUUAGAAACAGAAACUCAGGAACUCCCUUCCAAUUGGAACACAUUGUUGGGACAGCGGGGGAUUUAAAUAAAAACUCACUGGUGAAGUUAAGAAGUUUGUUCUCUCCUCUCGAAACCAUCUUGACCCACAUUGGAGUAAACGAGAGCUCCUUCGGUGCUGCUGUUCGGCUGUGGUAGGAAUCACAGUCAGACUUUUCCUGCUAGCAGGCCGUCAUGGCUUUAACUGGGUCGGGGUGUGGGGGUGGGGGGAGGUUAGGCAGCUAAACAUUCCACUGCCCCCUCACCCACCCCCCUCAACUUGGGGCAGUGAGGGUCACGAUAUACCUUCCCACAAUACCCCAGCUCUGUCACGCAGAUGCACCAUGCCUCCCCAUCCCAGACAGGGGCCUACACUAGCCUGCUUUACUGCCUCAGUGUGAUAAUUAAACAGCUCAGCCUCUGAACUGGCCAUACAUACCAGCAAGAGCAACAGGUUACCGACUCUCACCAGGUUAAAGGACCCUUUCCCUUCACCUCUCUGUACAUUGUACCGCUAUGCACCAUACUGAGGGAUGUACAGGACAGAGACAGGCCAUUCGGCCUGCAUGAUGCAUCGUGUUUCUGCUCCUACUCUCCUGAGCUUCUACACUACCCCCAGCACCCACACCCCUCGCCCUAUCAUGCUAUCUCUCUGUGUCUCUCCCUCUGUUUAUUCAGACUCCCCUUGAAGUGAUCGCCAACUUCCACUCCCUACUCUCCCCACUCCCCGAGACAGAGCUCCCCCUGCCCAGACAAACCCCUCCCCCUCCCCCGAGGGAAGACGGUUUUCCUGAAAUCCCAAUGGGAUUUUUUGGGCUUUAUCCUGGGGGCCCAUGUAGUGGUGUUCUUGGUGUGGCUCAGCCUGGGUGCUGAUCGCCCACUGAAGCCAGCACACAGUGCUCAGGGGGAGUGGGAUACACCACAUGGUUACUCUGCUGUUUCUGACACCCCCACUGUGCAGUUUGACACUGCGCACAAUUAUCACCAGUUUAAACAAUUUUAUUUAAUCAGUGCAAUUUCGUUAAACUGAUAAAUUACUGAUUUACUUUGUUUGUUUAUAGUUCAAUUUAACUUAAUUGUUUAUAACAUAAAAUGAUUAAGUGGGUGAUAGUGAAUUUAUUGUAACCCCCUCGGGAAUAAACA